UAUUUCGCCUUCUUUUCCCAGAUCUCUCUCUCUCUCUCUCUCUCUCGUUGGGAUUUGUCUGUGAUUUUGGGUUUUGAUGGAAAAAGACGAAGCCGUAAAGGCAGUAACAAAAUCAUUGGAGAAGCUGGAUUUGAAUACAGAUCCAAAUUCCAAAUCUUCGACAAAGAUCUCCACCACCAAUACCUCCACCCUCCAAUACUAUAGAUUACCUGAGAAGACAAAGCCUCCAAGUUUGGUUAGCUUAUGCCUUGGACUCGUCGGGAAGCAUUUGGAGGAUAUCAUCGAAGACUUGAGUGAGAUUGCCGUCAACUUUCCAGCAGUUAUUAAGAUGGCAAUGGCAGCAAUUGCUAGGAGAAGAAGGCUCCUCAAUGAUGACGUCAUCGUCUCUUUGGCUGAUGGUUCCUGGGAAAUUCUUGACAUUUCUGAUUCUGAUGUCUCUGAUCUUGGCUUAGGGAAAGUGGUGGAAGUAUGCAAAUCUCUCCAAGCUGUGGAUAUUAGUCGGUGCGAUAAAAUAACCACCACUGGUUUUUCCGAGCUUGUGCAGAAUUGCCAUUCAUUAGAGACAUUAAGAUGCGGAGGUUCCCCAAGGAGUGACUAUACAGCACGUAGAUGCUUGGGUAUAUUUAAACCAAAGCUGAAUGAUGUGAAUGGUGAUUCAUGGGAGGAACUUGAUACCUCUGAAAUAUCGAGUGGUGCAGAGUCGCUGCGGUGGCUUGUGUGGCAAAAGAUUGACAAUGAUUCUUUGGAGAUUUUGUCCUCUGAAUGCCCACGCAUUAUGGUAAAUCCCAAGCCGUCACCCUUUGGUUUCAGGGGAGCUGCAGUUCCCAGGGAAGCAUUACCAAAUAUCAAACUGGAUGAUCUUGUCGUCAAAGAUAUUAAUCCCUCGACGUGGGCAGUGUGUGGGUUUACUCCGAGGGCCAUAUCUCCAUCUUUCCCAAGCCCAGCUGAAAUGCCUAUUGCUGAAAAAUUUAGACUUGCAUUCGUUGAGAGAGACUCCCGGUUAGCCCCAAAGCGAGCAAAAAAUGCAAGGCAACAUCAGCGGCGUGCCGAGAGGGAGUGGAUGAUGAUGAGUACAAGAGCCAAGGCCUUAGCCCUGGCCUCAGAAGUUAGCAAAUCUCUAUACAGUCGGAACUAAUGUUCUAAUAGUCAUAGCCUUUUCUUGUGCUGUGUUACUUCGUGUGUGUCAGCUUUGUCCUACUACUGCUUGUAAUUAGUUUUUUCAUCAUUUCAUGUUGAUAUGAAAAAUUUUACUUUU